AUGGAAAUGUACCUAGAGAACUACAGAUCUAAUUGUACCAGGUGCUUUGCAGGUUCCCUGGGUGCAGUGGAAACAACGAACGUUGCAUAUCUUCUGCAGACUUCAGGAGCUGCUGAUAAGAAAGCCUGGGAAGCGGGAAGGAGGUCAGCUCUCUCCUUAGAUGCAGGACUCGGUUCAGGGGCUGAGAUUCCUGUUGGGCAGUUGACGCUACGGGAUGAGUCAGUAGUCUUGCUGAAUCCAAGCUGGAGGCUCAGAUGCAGCCAUCAAAAAUACAGAGCUAUUCUGAAGAAAGAAAAGCGGAAAAAAAAGCGGCAGGCACUUGCCAAACUGAGAGAUUCAGAAGCUACAGAAAAAGAUGAAUCAGUGUCUGAGGAAGAGGAGGAGGAACUGGAAGAGGAGGAGGAGGAGGAAGAAGAAGAAGAAGAAAAAAAACUUCCUGCAGAAAGACAAAAACUACAUGAGCAGUGGCUGCAAAGAGAAGAAAAGGCCCAAGAAGAGUUUAAGCUUAAGAAAGAAAAAGAAGAAGCUGCAAGAAAACGUCAAGAAGAAGAAGAGAGAAAGAUCAGAGAAGAAUGGGAAGAACAGCAAAGAAAAGCGAGAGAAGUGGCACAGCAGAAGCAACAACAGAGGAAAGAAAGAGAGGCAGCUGUGCAGAAGAUGCUGGAUCAAGCUGAAAGCCAGCUGGAGAAUGGUAUUACCUGGCAUAACCCAGAACCCCCAGAGAAUAUAGGAACAGAGAAGGAUAGAGCGAAUUGCCCGUUCUAUAUUAAAACAGGGUCCUGCCGAUUUGGAGACAGGUGUUCUCGCAAGCACAACUAUCCAACAUCUAGUAAGACACUACUCGUCCGAGGAAUGUUCAUUACUUUCGGCAUGGAGCAGUGCCGGAGAGAUGACUACGACACGGAUGCAAGUCUUGAAUACAGUGACGAGGAGACCUACCAGCAGUUCUUGGAGUUCUAUGAGGACGUGCUCCCUGAGUUUCAAAACGUGGGGAAGGUUGUUCAAUUCAAGGUCAGUUGCAACUAUGAGCCUCACCUGCGAGGAAACGUGUAUGUCCAGUAUCAGACGGAGAAGGAUUGUCAGGCAGCUCUCGCUCUUUUCAGCGGACGAUGGUAUGCAGGACGACAGCUUCACUGUGAAUUUUGUCCUGUGACAAGAUGGAAGACUGCUAUAUGUGGCUUAUUUGAAAGGCAGAAGUGUCCAAGAGGGAAACACUGCAACUUUCUUCAUGUAUUCAAAAAUCCAAACAAUGAGUUCUGGGAGGCCAAUAGAGACAUACGUAUUUCUCCUGAGCGGACUAAUCAGUUGUCUAAAAACUCUGAAAGGAGAAACAGAACAAGCCAUCGUGAUGACUAUUACAGCCGGUCGAGGAGAAGGGGCAGCCCUAGCCCAGAACAUUCUUACCGGAGAAAUGGAGAAUCUGAGAGAAAAAAGAAUAGCCGCAAAAACAAGAAAAGACGCCGGUCUGGCAGGUCAAGAAGUCGAGAAAGAAGGCGAUCCCGCAGCAGAGGGAGGAAGAGGAGAGGCCGUAGUCGCAGCAGAAGUCACAGUCGAACACGCAGUAAGAGCAGAAGUCGGAGUUCUUCUCGAUCCAGGAGUAGGGGUAAAAAGAGAUCAAGCAGCAGAGGAAAAAAUAGUGAAACUCCUAAAACAAAGUGAGAAUUACUUUUAGAAAUUGCUAAUUGAUCAAACUUAGAGCUGACAAAGAAAUCUUUCCAAUAGGGCACCAGAUAUAUUUGAGUUACAAAUAAAGUGUUCUUGCACAUUAAAAUCAGUUUCUUCCUAAUAAAGGAACCUAGUUUAUUGUGUGCUAAGCUUCAGAAAAUUAAAAGUCCUGUUAAGGUGUGAAUGUCAAGUACUCUAGCUACUCUGUCCCUCUGAACUACUGCAACAUCUGGAUGCAUACUGAGUACAAAAUAGAAAGAAAAGUAAAGCUUAUUUGGUAUAUGCUUAUUUCUGUGUUAUGUGUGUUAAGUGUUCACUGUCCCCGUAAGGAGUUAGUUCAGAACAGCCAGUGUGCUGUAAAUUCUCACCACAGCACACGGCAAAUUGAAGUCUGUAAAAGACAGCCAUAUGUUUAUGGGAAAUCUCUUUCUAGACAAAGUAAAUAUAAUCAUGUUAUGAGUUGGAGAAAAGGGAUCUAAAGCUCCAGCACAGAAGAAACUUCAUUGUUUUAUUGUACAGUACUUGCCCAGUAGGAGCUUUGCAGUCAUAAUUGUUGGAUUAUUCUCUCUCCCCUGGCUGAGCUGUUGAGCUAACUGCCUGCAAGGAUCGCAGUAGACCAAAAUUAAGUAGGAAGUACACAGAAGAACAAUCACUUUAUUCAGUAGCUUAAUCCCCAAGUAAGAAUGGAGACUAUGCACUUGUAAUCCUGGAAUGAAGAUAGACAGAAAAUACUUUGCAUAACAUUUGUUGUUGUUGAAAACAACCUGCCUAACUUACGAUGCAGUAGUAGAAAAAGUGUAAAUCUGGUAACUGAAGAUGCAAAUAUAGUAAAAGCUAAAGAUGCUUGCAAAGAUAUCGCAGAGUGGCUAAAGAAACUGAAGGAUUUAUACCUGAAAUAAUACUUCAUUUUUUUGUGGAAGGAGGACUUGGUUAAAGUGGUGGGGGUUUUUUUUGUUUUUUUGUUUUUUUUUUUAAAGGCUUAUUUUACAUACAAGUUCAGGCACCCUACUGCUGAGCUUCCCUACAAUUAAAGGUGGAGAGUAGGGUACAUAAAAAUGAAGUUGUCAGGACAAAACUUUUUUGAAAUGACAGCUAUAUUAGCAAAGUUCUUAUAAAUAUUUCUUCAAUUUUGAAAGAAAUCUUUGUGCUGUUAAAUGAACUGUACUUCACACUGCUUAACUUCAGGUAUUUAACUUAGGCACCUAGGCAUCUUUAUAUAUUCAGAGAGAGAAGCAAGUAUCUCCAAAAAGAGUUCAUAGCACUUAAGGUGCAGGUGCUCUGAACUGCCUGCUGAGACACCUCACUCUCUUUAGCCUCCCCAAAGAACUUUAGGGUACGGCUGAGACUACCUAAGUUAGAAGCCUAAAGUAGACAGGAAAUACUCCCAAAUAGGCUUUUUUUUUUUUUUUUAUGACUUCAACAA